AUGAAACACUUUCCUAUCACCUGUAAGGUUCUCGCCGUUGUCAUGGCAUGCGCUAGCGCAGUGAUUGCCGACAAUCCCCUAGCUACACCGGACCAAAAGGAGUUGGAUGCACUUGCAAUUGAGCUCAAUCAAAAUUAUGAUUUUGUUGUACUCAAAGCCGAAGCGAAAGUCGCAUAUCAAACUGCCCAUGGGCUUCCGAUCAGUGAUGAAGCAGCUUCUCGUCUCGACGCAGCCAUCGACGAAUUGGCUUUCAGUGCUCUCCAAAAGGCCAUAAACACGGACCCAUAUUACCCUAAAGCAUAUUGGGUCGAUGCCGGUCCUCGAAGCUGGUUUGGUCUUGAUGUCCCUGGUGGUCGAUACUCAUACGACAAUCCAGAUUGUAUCUAUCGCACAAUUCCAAUCGACGACAGUUUAAGUUAUGUGAUUCAAGGAUACCGCCACACUCCCGGUCCUACAGAUGUUACGUUCUCUUUGAUCAGCGACCCAAACUCCCAGAAUACCGUCGCACAUCUAUCAGGUUCUGAUUUGGUCAUUGAGGAUGACGGUUCAUACACAAUCACCAUCAACAGCUCGUCUGCCGAUGGUGCAAAGAAUCACAUUCAGUCUACUUCAUCGGGCACGCAGCUUUUUGUCCGAAAUAACUUAGGCGAUUGGCAGACCGAAAAACCAGACAACAUCUCCGUUGUGUUGGUCGACGAUGCCUCGGGACAGGAUCCAAUAAGCGAAGCAAAAAUCAUCAGCACCGCAAGAUGGAACUUGCAGGAAUCAAUCGUGGACUAUGGGGUUGGCGCAUUGGGCAUCAAGACAACGAUCAACAAAUUAAACACCCUCAACGCGCCAACUCAGUCCAGCACCCUCGGCACUUUAACGAGCCAGGCGAGCUCCUUCGGCCAUUUCAAGUUAGGCGACCAAGAGGCUCUUGUCGCUACAAUUACUCAAGGGGAUGCGGAUUAUUUUGUCUUUCCCUGGACGGACCCUUGGAUGAUUACAACCGAGCCAGGAAACAGUCAAGUCAGUUUGAACAAUAUUCAAGCUUCUGUCAACGACAAUGGAACUUAUACGUUUGUGGUAUCUCUUGAGGACCCGGGUGUCUACAACUGGAUCAACACAACUGGCCUAACUGAGGGGACAGCCAUGGUGCGCUGGCAAGGCUUGUCUGAUGAUGCUACUUCCUCAUCCAAUCCCCCCGCUAUAGUUGCUCAAGUAGCCCAGUUGUCCGAGCUGAAAUCUAUCCUACCAUCGGAGACAAGGUUUGUGACAACCGAGGAGCGCUCACAACAACUAAGUGACCGCCGUUCGGGAUACAAUCAAAGAACUGCAACAUGA